AUGCUGCACUUAUCGGGUGUUAAGGGUGUAUCGGAUCAGGAGACGACGCUGGCGAAUGCCCUGCCGGCUCUCUUGGUGAUCUUGGGCCCGCCGGUGGCCGGUCUGGCGGUGGACAAGGGCUUGGGCCGUCCCAGGGGAUUCCUGGCGGCUUCCCUCGUCCUCACGGGAAUCGUGACCCCCCUCCUCCUGCUCGUUCCGCCCUUGGGCAAGCACGCCCCGCGACCCCCGCGGAUCUCGUUGACCUGCUCCGCGGAAGGAGCCGCGGUGGUCGUGGAGAGAUGCGCCGGGAGGGGAUGCCUCGACAACAAGGGCGGUGCCAUCCUCUUCGAAUUCCUCGUCCACGGCUGUCGCUUUCGAUGCGGGGAGAAUUCCACGUUCUGGGGUUACCCGCACCUCUGCACGGUGGGGUCGUCCGGAUCGGACCUGUGUCGGGUGAUGAACCCGGACCCGGCCCUCGAGACUCCCCUCCGCAUCCGCUCUCCCUUGUCGCGUUACGUGAAGCGAGAGGAUUCCUGUCUCUACCCCUUGGUCCUCUAUUACCUCAACGGAGAGGAAUAUUCGGGACUGAAGUGUCGGCAACUCGCCGACGAUUGCUCGGUGGAAUGCGACGUGGACGGAGAGAUGAACGCGACCCGACGCGUGGGAUCCCGCUCUCUCGGCUCCACCGCCGAACCGGAAGCGGAUCACCUCGCCGACAACGUGUUGACGGAGCCGAUCUGCGAUUCCCGUCCCGUCUUCCCCUGGGCCCUCUGGAUCUACCUGUUCCUGAGGACGUUCGUGGAGCUGCUCCCCGCCACCGCCUUCGCCUUGCUCAACGCCGCCGUGCUCCGAUCGGUGGGCGGAACGAGGAUCGACCGAGAGGUGGUGUGGGGCCUGGCCUCCAUGGCGGGCUUCGCCUCCCUUUGCGGCUACCUCUUGGACUUCCACGCCGAGGUGUUCGGAGUGCAAGACCUGGCCCCCAGCUUCUAUUCCCUCGCCGUUCUCAUGCUUCUGGCCGCCAUCCUCACGGCCGCCCUCCCGCGUCACUGCUCCAAGACGGGUGCGGAGCACGGGAAGAGGAAAUCCGGCUGCGGGACGGCGAGGGAUGCCAGCUUCUUGGGGAUCGGAAUCUCUGCCGUUCUCCUCGGGAUGUCCCUCGGCGUCUUCCAGAUGAUCCUUCCCGUGGAUCCCAUCCCGAUAUUGACGGACUCGCCGCAUCUGAGCAACGGCAUUUUGGUGGCUUGUGGAGUCCUUCCGGCUCUUCCUCUCAUGCUUCUCUUCACUCCGCUCGUCAAAAUGGCCGGGGAGGCACAUCUCAUCUUUGCUGCCUUCGCCAUCCAAUCCAUACGCUUUGCAGGAUACUCGUACCUGGAAAGUGGAAGCUAUUGGGUGAUGGGUCUGGAGGCGCUAUCGUCGGUCUCCCAUUAUGUAGCCUGGUGGGUCCUGGUGGUCCUCACAUACAAAACUUUCGGUCACUCGUACGCUGCCACCUCACAAGGAAUCCUCACUGCGCUCCAUUUCGGCCUCGGUCGUGGGCUAGGGGUGCUCCUGGUAGGAUUCGGAGGUUCCCAAUGGGGUGCCCGGCAAACCCUGCGAGGUGGAUCCGCGGCCUGUGCAGGGUUCUCCUUUCUAUUCCUCUGCCUCUAUCAUCUCUACCUCAAGAUCAGGGGUUGGUGGAGACAAAGGAGGUUUCAUCAUCGUUACCAAUCUCAAGGUGAUUCCAUCCCGUCUCCUCGAUAA